GCCGGCGCCGCCAAAGGCACGGGGGCGUUUUCGUGCGGGGUUUGCGGAACGGUCCGUUGCGGUGGAUGCGUGAUCGUGGUCCCGCGGUUAAUAAUCGUCCCCCCCUCGCUGGGGCCGGAGCGCGCGGCGCGGAGCAGCGGCGGUGAUCAGGGUGAUGUGCCAUCAGCCACUGGGGGGCAUCUGUCCUCUCUGCAACCUGUUCAUCCUCUGAAGCUUAUGGGAUAGGAGUGUGUGCCCCUUCCCAACACUGCAGCACCACUGGAGUCAUUUGUGCCAAAGCUGAGUUGUGCUGAGGGAACAGAGAUGGGCAGUCCGGGCUGCGAUGUGGGUCUAGUCGGGCCGGUGGAGCCGGCACUUGAAGAUCUGUGCCCCGAGUGUGGCCAGAUCCACCGCAACAGGGAGAACCACCUAUACAACUACCGCCUGGAAGUGGACGACGACCUGGUGUGCCACAUCUGCCUGCAGCCACUGGUGCAACCACUGGAUACGCCAUGUGGACACACCUUCUGUGCCCGCUGCCUGCGCAGCUUCCUCCAGGAGAGGGACUUCUGUCCUCUGGACAGGACGCGGCUGCAGCUCCAGGCGUGCCGCAGGUCCAGCAUACUGGUUCACAAGCUACUGGACAAGCUGUCUGUGUCCUGCCCUUUGACCCCAGUCUGCUCCCUCAGCAUGCCGCGCUGUGACCUGGAGGCACACCUCAAACACAGCGGGAUGAAUUUGUCGAUCUCUCUGCACUGUUUCCACUAUCAGUGCAUCCCUAAAGGCAGAUUUACCCUCCGCUAUUGUUCCUCUCAUCCCCCUCUCAUCCCUCUCUUUGUGUCCCAGCUCUGGUUUGCCUUUGUGAACGGCUUCUCUGGGCAGAUCCUGUUUGAGCGCUGGUGUAUUGGCCUCUACAAUGUGAUAUUUACUGCACUGCCUCCGUUCACGUUGGGGAUAUUUGACCGGCCGUGCAGCCAGCAGAACAUGCUCCGAUUCCCGCAGCUCUACCGCAUCACGCAGAAUGCAGAGGGCUUCAACACCAAGGUGUUUUGGGGACACUGCAUCAACGCACUGAUUCAUUCAAUUAUCCUCUUUUGGUUUCCGCUCAAAAUGUUAGAGCACGACUCGCCCUUCAACAACGGUCAGGGAAACGACUACCUGUUUGUUGGGAACAUGGUCUACACAUAUGUGGUUGUUACAGUGUGUCUGAAAGCUGGAAUGGAGACCACAGCUUGGACCAGGUUCUCCCACCUGGCAGUGUGGGGAAGCAUGGUGCUCUGGAUGGUCUUCUUCGCCGUCUACUCAGCCAUCUGGCCCACCAUCCCCAUCGCCCCCGACAUGCUGGGCCAGGCUGGCAAGGUGAUGCAGUGCUGGCACUUCUGGCUCGGCCUGGUCCUGGUGCCGACUGCGUGUUUACUCAAAGACUUCGCUUGGACUGCCACACGUCGCACCGUGAGGAAGUCUCUUCUGGAGGAGGUGCAGGAGUUGGAGGCUCGGGCCGUCGACCCGGGGGCAGCUGUACUUAGGGACGCCAGUGGCCGCAGUCUAAACGAACGAGCCCAUCUGCUGACAAGAGUCUUUAGGAAAACACCUUCAAGUGUAGGACGCUCAAACUCGGUGCAGCAGACUGUGUCACAUGGCUACGCCUUCUCUCAGGAGGAGCACGGCGUGGUGUCCCAAUCCCAGGUCGUGCGCUCCUACGACACCACCCGCCAGCGCCCCAGCAUCUAGCCCCACCCCUGGCCAAGACUUUGGCUCGCCGUAGCAACGGUUAUCGAGGCGACAGCGGAGAUAGACUUCUACGUGACGCCCUCACGCUGGGUGAUCGACCCCUGCUGUGGCCUUACUGGAACUACGACCUGAUCCCCCUCGCCGGGGGUGGGGGUCACGGUCAGGCGUGGAGCUGACGCAUAGAGGACUAACUUGAGAGAGGGGACCAGGCCGAGUAUACAGAAUAAACUUUCACAAGCUGCACAGGCAUGAGCAAUCAUAUCCAUGCACAGACAUGACGACUCAGACUGCUACUCAUACCUGUAUACCCCCCAGACUGGGUUUGGAUCAUGCCACUGUGUGUUUAUGUGUGUGUUUGUUUGUGCGCAAUGUAGUGCGUUUGUAUCUGCCUGUGCAUGUAUGUUUGAAAGCAUUGACACACCUGUGUUUCUUGUGCAUGUGUGUGUCAGCCAGUGUGUGUGUGUUUGUGUGUCAGCCUCCUCGGUUCCCUCUCAUCUUGCUCUCGUGAGGUCGGUUUAGCUCGUCUGUUACCACAUGCCGACACGGGAGGGGACAUCAAAAUAAACACACGCAGACACACACAUGCGAGCGCAAAAGAAUUCUUGCAAAGGGAGGGAGGGAAGCACAGACCGAGGACUGCAGGAAGGAGCCCUGCACCCGCAGCUACAGCACCCACCUCGUCCCAUCACAGCCUCAAGCCUCACUGCCAAACACCACAGAGACUUCGCUGAGGCAGAACGCACACCUCACCCCAAACUGGACCUGAACCCCUCCUGCUCCCCUGGGACCUCCUCUCGCUUAUCUCUCCCUUCAUUUCUCUCCUCGUAUCUCUCCCAUCUCCCCCGUCCUUUGCAGCUUUCACAUCUCUCAUCCAACUGCUGCACAUCUCCUCGCCCUGACCAGUAACAAAAAAAAAAAAUCCAUCUUAUCGUUCCUGUGUUUUAUUCCGACCACUCUUGUGAUUUCCCGAUGCUGCCCGACUGGCAUCGUCAGCUGAGCAGGCCUGGCAUUAGCGCUACCCUCUUCCACAGUUCUGUUGGAUUCUAUUUUCCGGACUGUUCCUUUACUUUUUUUUAUUAUUAUUAUUAAAGCGAACAUUAAUGUGUAUGUGUUUUUUUUCUGUUUCAUCAAUGCCUGUUUUUUGUAUUCAUAUGUCGAGACAUGUCUUAGACGGAGUAUUUUACUUGAACUAGUGCUAAUAGGCAUUCAAUCAGAAGGGAUGUGAUUGAGACUCUCGCCUGGAUCAUGUGUUUUUCUGGCUCCGGGAUUUGUCCGUAUGUAGAGUCCAUUGUCUGCAUUCUCUGUGUUGAGGACACUGUUUCAGGAAUGCAAGACUGAAGUGGGAGGGAAGGGGGGGUUGUCCACUCAAGUCCUAAUCAUUAAAUCUAAUCAAUCCAUGGCCUGACAAAA